AGCUGCUCUCUCCCCCUACGAUUUCACACCAAUGAGCAUGCCGCGUGUAGCUCCCACUCGCUGGCAUCAGAAACACUAGACAUCUUCACUCCUGAGCUUUACAGAUUCAUACAAAUACACACCAGCACUGGCUAGACAGAGGCUGCAUUCUGCCAAACACACGCCGGGGAUAGGCAGUCAUAAAAAAGAAGGGGACAAAGAGUCCAGCAGCUCUCGCACACACCGGACUCAAGGAUCUGCACCAUGAAGACCAGACUAGGCUGCCUGUCCAACAAAUCUGACUCCUACAGUGAUUUUUCUGAGUUCCUUCCUCCUGCCCACGAGACUACAGCCAGGUGUCUGAAACUAUCAACGGAUGAGGUUGUUCGAUGGUCUGAAUCAUUUGAUCACCUUCUCUCUCACAAAUAUGGACUGGCUGCCUUCCGGACGUUUCUCAAGACAGAGUUCAGUGAUGAAAAUAUCGAGUUUUGGAUGGCCUGCGAGGAGUACAAAAAAAUCAAGAGCUCAACCAAGCUUGUGUCAAAGGCAAACAAGAUCUUUAAGGAGUUCAUUGAUGUUCAGGCACCAAGAGAGGUAAACAUUGACUAUCGCACCAGGGAAAAGACCAAGCAGAGCCUGGAGGAUCCAUCCCCCACCAGCCUCAACGAAGUCCAAGCUAAAGUCUACAGCCUCAUGGAGAAAGACUCAUACCCACGAUUCCUCAGGUCCAAGAUGUACCAGGAUAUGGUCAACAGGGCGCAAGCACAAGGCCAGCGGAGGUCUGUUUGACCGAAUCUGAUGAAGACCGCGGUGGACGUAAAACUGGACCUAAACUGUAAAUCAUUCAUUAACCCUUUGACAUCAUCUCUGAAUACUGUGAAUCUGCAAAGAUGGGGUGACACGCUCGACUGUUUCCCUUGUCUACACCAGCUCCAUGCAUGCAAUCCCUCUAGAUAAGAUGUGUCUCGGUGGACUGCACUGUACAGAAGGAGAUUGGUUAAGAAUAAGCUAAUUGUUGUUACCUCUACUUAGUGCUGGGUGAUAAGUCUGAAAAUAUUACCAAGAUAAAAAUGACCAUAUCCAUAUCAUGUGAUAACGAUAUUUAUAACAAUAUAUGCUGUUAAUGCUGAGUGCUUUAUUUUUCAUUAGUCAUAUACUAUACUUUUGAAACUGUAUACUCACACAGUUGGUUAAAUUGUGUAAGUAAAGACCAAAAUACCAGAAGCAGAUCUUGAUCCUAAAGCUAUUUUUUUUGUGUGACUGACACUGUUGUAUUUCAGGUAACAAUGCCAAAAAUGUAUUACAGGAUGUAGAUUGCAAUAUGUCACGGUAGAAUUCUAUGUAGUUGUGAGCUCUGGAAAAAAUCUACUAAUAUGUGUUAUGUGGUUUUUUGCUUUUUUCCCCUCGCUUUUUUGUUUUUUGGUCAAACUAAGAUCAACAUUUACUUUCAAGACUGAUGAUUUAUAUGGUAGAGCUCUAUUAUAUCUUCAAAAAACACUGCCAUUCUUGUUUAUGGAUCCUCUGGUUGUGGCUCAUUUGGAUAAUGCCAAAAAUAUAUUAAGCUGUUAACUUGCUUCUGUAUAUAUUAAAAUGCUCACAUCUUUUGGAUCAGACUAUAAAAUACUUGUAAAUAAUGUCAGUUACUGACAUGCCAUAUUUUUUGUUGACAAUUUUACCACUGCAAUCAUUUGAUAUUUUUUUUUCACCUUUCAUAUUGGCUAUCAUCCCACACUUUUGCUUUGUAAUGUUACGUCUGUCUCUUCUCCACAGUGUGUAGUUUUACACUGGAAGAUGUAGACUUCUUUCAUAUUGAAGUUUCCAUCUUUUCUUUUAAGUAUAAUUAGCUGGUCAAAGAUGUUUAUUGACUUGCUUGUAGAGAACAGUUUACUUGCCCAAAAAAGUGUUGACUUAUUUUACUUCAUCAAGAAAGAAGUAUAUUGACAUAAUUAUCGUUGUCGCUUUAUUGCCCAGCACUACCUCUACUUAUCUUCAGUUCUUUGUGAAAUAGACACUGUCGUACGCAGGUGACUAGACCUGUUGUGGUAGUUUUGUGUUUCCACUGAACAACAAAGUGAGUGAACACUCAGUAUCUGAAACUGUGCCAAACUAGAUUGCACUUAUAUAUUGAUUAUAGCUACAUAAUCAUGUGUAUUGUAAACUCUUGCAGGUAUUCUACGUGAUAUUAAAUGUGAACUAUAAAGCAGGGUUGGGUUAAUUUUUGCUUUCAAUUCACUUGGUUCAGGAAAUGAAAAUGUGAUGUCCUUUCCUGUUGAACUUGUUGUAUAUGGCGUAUGUAGAGCAUCCUAUUGGAUCAAUAAUUUCUUUACCACUGCUCAACAUUGGUUUGUAAAAUGGAUGAGAAAAUGACUCAUUAUUUGCUCAAAUGUACAGUAUAUUGCGUGGUCAGUGAUUCAUUAAAGUUAAUAUUUUUCCUCCCAGUACUGUUUGUAGUGAAUUGAAAGCAACAGCCCAACCCCCAUAGAAUCUGUUCUGAGUUGAAAAAUGUGCUGUGCAAAUUUAUUUUCAGCAUGAUGCAAUACUCAGAAUAACUGUUUAGAUAUUCUUUGACUUGUACAUUAUAUUCUGAAAAUUACAGAGAAUACAUGUAUGUCAGUGACAUGACAAAUGUGCUCCCUCAGCAUUUGCACUCCUUUUUAAACAAGCUGAUUGAAAAGAUUUCCUGGGGAGGCAAAUGUUUUCUUUAGUGCAUGUGUACUGUAUAGGCCAAACUGUUUGAAAUACAACAAAACUGGCUGAAAAACAUAUCACCCUGUAUGGUAUGUUACUGUGUUCCACAUGAAUGUAACCUCCCCCUCUAUAUUUUGCGAUUAAAAUGAAUCUGCAUCUA